GUUUUUUCCUCCCAAAAGAAGCGACCGAAGCGCCAGCAGUUGCAGAGAACGUAGAGAAAAGGGGUGUUUGCUUUUCCUUCUCGCCCACUUACGACAGCAAUUGCGUGCGAAUGAAGUGAACGAGUGAGAACGAGUGUAGAAACCGGAAAAGGAGUUUCUUUCCUUUCAUCGAGCAGUGGCCUACUUUUUUAUAUUCGUGCAAGUCAACCAAAGCUCAGCGCGUACAUGGACCGCAAAAAGGCGAUUCCAGUGGGAGAUUUCUAUUAGUUUGUCAACAAUUUUCUAGAGAUUGCGCGUGUGUUAGGUUGGUGGAAAGCGGUCUAUGUGAGAGAGAGGAAGAGUGUUGUGAGAAAGUCUCUACAGUGAAGAUUGUCUAGCGACGGCCUGUCACGGGGUGAGUGUAUGUGACGAACAUCCUGCGAGACAGCUGCCGUAGACGUACGUCUCGCGAGUGGGCGAACCGGAAGUGGGCGGCUCGUGAAGAGAAAGAGAGAGAGGGAGAAAGUACAUUAAUCAACGUCGGGUGUUCCUGAAGUGUGUGUCGAAGUAGACGACGGCCAGCAGCAGCAAGGCAUCGAGUGUCGCCACGAUGAAUGCCUCUGAUCAUGGGUUUAAUCCAGCGUUUAACAUGGCCACCAUCCGACAAGCCAUCAACGAAACGAUAGAACGAGUGCGCAUUCCAACGCCAACCCGCCUUCGAGAUCUCAUCCGCCAGAUACGGGCAGCGCGAACGGCGGCCGAGGAGCGUGCCGUCGUGAACCGGGAAUGCGCCUACAUUCGCAGCACGUUCCGCGACGAGGAUUCCGUCUGGCGGUGUCGCAACAUCGCCAAGCUGCUCUACAUACACAUGCUGGGCUAUCCGGCCCACUUCGGGCAGCUCGAGUGCCUAAAGCUGACCGCCAGCCCCCGGUUCACCGACAAACGGAUCGGCUAUCUGGGGGCGAUGUUGCUGCUUGACGAACGGCAGGAUGUGCAUCUGCUGAUUACCAACUGUUUGAAGAAUGACCUCAACAGUCCCACACAGUUCGUCGUGGGUUUGGCACUCUGCACGCUCGGGGCGAUCGCAUCGCCGGAAAUGGCUCGAGAUUUGGCCGGCGAGGUGGAAAAGCUAAUGCGUUCGCCGAAUGCCUACAUCCGGAAAAAGGCAGCCUUGUGUGCGUUCCGUAUCAUCAAGCGUGUGCCGGAGCUGAUGGAAAUCUUCUUACCGGCGACUCGGUCGCUGCUGAACGAGAAAAAUCACGGUAUACUAAUUGCUGGCGUUACACUUAUUACGGAAAUGUGCGAGAAGAGUUCCGACACCUUGAACCACUUUAAGAAGGAUAGUGGAAACCAAGAGAUUGUACCGAAUCUGGUGCGAAUUUUGAAAAACCUGAUCCUAGCCGGUUACUCGCCGGAGCACGACGUGAGCGGCGUUAGUGAUCCGUUCCUGCAGGUGAAAAUACUUCGUCUGCUAAGAAUACUUGGCCACAACGAUCCAGAUGCGUCGGAAGCCAUGAACGACAUCCUGGCACAGGUGGCGACCAACACGGAGACGAGCAAAAACGUGGGCAAUACGAUCCUCUACGAGACGGUGCUCUCCAUCAUGGACAUCAAAUCCGAGGGUGGCUUACGUGUGCUGGCGGUCAACAUUCUCGGGCGAUUUCUGUUGAAUAGCGACAAGAACAUUCGGUACGUAGCGCUCAACACUCUGCUGCGGACAGUGCACGCCGACAUUUCCGCCGUUCAGCGUCACCGGAGUACGAUACUGGAGUGCCUGAAGGACCCAGACGUUUCAAUAAGACGCCGCGCGAUGGAGCUCUCGUUUGCGCUGAUCAACUCGCAGAACAUACGCGCGAUGUCGAAGGAACUGCUGGUGUUUCUCGAGAAGGCCGACCCGGAGUUUAAGGCUCAGUGCAGUAGCCGGAUGGUGCACGUGGCCGAGCGAUACGCUACCUCCAUUCGCUGGCGAUUGGACACGCUGCUCAGUGUGCUUAUUGCGGCCGGUAAUUACGUGCGGGAUGAUGUCGUUUCGUCGACGAUUCAUCUCAUCCUCAACAGUCCACCGGAGGAGCAGGCGUACAUCGGGCAGCGGUUGUGGAGCUCGGUUCAUAACGUUGCCAACUCGGAGGAAAAGCAACCGUUGCUCCAGGUGGCCGUGUGGACUAUCGGCGAGUACGGUGAUCUGGUGCUGAGCUCGGAACGAAUCGAAGAUGUUGAAAUUCCUGCAGAACACCAGCUCGUGGACAUCUACCAGCGGCUGCUCUGGUCCACUUCGGUAUCGACCACGACGAAACAGUACACCCUGGUUUCCCUGGCCAAGCUGAGCACCCGGAUUCACUCGAAAGAGGAGGAAUCGCGAGUGAAACAAAUUAUCGAAGCGUUUGGUUCGCACUUAAACAUCGACCUGCAACAGCGAGGGGUCGAGUUUUCGCAGCUCUUCCGCGAGUAUAGCCAUCUGAGGCCAGCGCUCCUGGAAAAGAUGCCCAAAAUACAGAAAUCCCUCCCGAACGGCACAGAGCUUGAGGGUGGCGCAUUCGAUGACCAGCAGCCAAGCAUCGAUCUGAUCGAGGGUGGUGACGAUGUUGGCGGCGAUAUCAGUUCGCUAAUGAUUAGCACAACGAACGUGGGCACCAAAGUGAGCUCGGAUUCGCGUGCGCUGCUUGAUCUGCUCGGUGGUGGUGACGAUCCUAUCGAUGGGCUAGGUAUGACACCUACGACGGAUGUACUGAUUUCGGGUCCGGCAACGAAUGGCAAAUCGGGCGCCAGCACGCUACCGACAGCUGGUAACAACCAGGAUCUGCUCGAUCUGCUCGGCAGCCUCGAUAUGCCGGCCAGUACGCCACCGGCGGCCGUUAGUUCAUCGGUCUCUGGAGGAACUACAAUUCCGCUUGGCGGCUCCACGGGUAUCGGUUUAGAUCUGAACAGUUUGAACGACAAUAGCAUUAAGAACGGCCUCCCAACCACUACCGCCGCUGCCAUCGGCAGUGGCACCAACACACUGCUAGCAAAUUCUUCCUCCUUCGGUGGGCUUGAUAACCUUUUGAACUCCAACCUGUCCCCGGCCAUUGUGGCACCAUCAACGUUGGGUGGUAUCGUUGGCUUGGGUUCACCGCUAGCCACUUUGGAUGGACUAACGUCUCCCACGUCGCCGAUGACGAUGACGAUGGCAGACAUUAACACCAACAGUAGCAGCUUAUUCAGUGACUUCUCCGCCGCUGCCAUCAACAACAACGAUGAAAACGCAAAAAUACUGACGGCCCUGGACAAAAAUGGCAUUCUGGUGCAAUUGUCGGCGAAAAACUCCGGAGGAUCGUUGCAGAUUCUGAUGACAGCCACCAACAAUUCGCUUACCACACUCGAGCAGUAUCUGUUUCAGGCCGCAGUACCGAGAAGCUUCACACUGCAGAUGCUUUCCCCGUCCGGAUCUACCUUAGCUCCCGGUGGUACCAUAACGCAGGAAAUGCGGGUUACCAGUAGCGCGAAGGCGACGUUAAGAAUGCGACUUCGAAUAUCGUACCACUUGGACGGCAAUCCGAUACAGGAGCAAACGGAAGUUUCUGGCUUUCCGGAGGAGCCCACCGAAUGAGAUCCGACCGAGAACGACCGGGCGCAUGAUCGCCGAAAGCGUCAAGGGAAUGGACAGUCAACAGUGUGUCGCCAAGCUGGUGGUCCUUGGACCUCCGAAACGCUGCAUCUACGAUAUCUGUUCAGCUUCCCUGAACCCGGCUCGAUCGUUGGUUGAACGAUGAUUUGCUCCGGGGUGGUGAUAGUUUCAUUUUCCUAUCGGCGUAUUGUUUUCUAUUUAAUUUAUCAACCUGUGCAAGGAACUGCAGAGAUCGUUUAUAUUUCACACCUCACUAUGAAAUAUAUAAAAUUUUAUUAUUUGGUUUUAUGUUAAGCAUGUUGUAAUGGGGUGCAUAGACACAUUAGGGACCUCCAGAUAUCUUCAAUGCAAUAUGAAAAAGUGUCGAUAAUAGAGAAAAUUAUAAGCUCAAACCGCGAGGUUCACUGAUAACAGUGGUUGAAUAGUGAACGAGUUGUCGAGUGUCGGAGCAGCGUCAAGGGAGUGCUAAAAUAGCAAUCAUAAUAUUCCAAACGGUGUGCCCUUUGCCCCUUUUAUUUUGGACUAACUGCCACCACCACCAUCAAUACCGAUUCUUCCUUUCCACCUUUUUUGCGGAAAUGCAAAUGGUCGGAGGCGUUUUGAAAAGCGCCGGCUUCUGUAGACAAAUGAGAAUGGUCGCGUUGUAGAUGCGUGUGCGCGUAUGUGGCAAUAUGUUGUGAGUGUUUGAGUGCGUGAUAGUAUCCACGAAGUAAUCUAUUGUACAUAUAUAUACAUAAUGCGAUACAUUAUUGUAGUGACUUUACGGAGUGCAUCAUGUUGGCCACGGAGAUGAUGCGUGUAAGAAACACUAUAAUGCAGAAGCAUUUGUAUCCGAGGCGGAGUGAACGAAAAAGUGUGUAUUAUUUUGAUUACAAAAUGCAACCGCUUCGUGUAAGGACAGGUAAAAUAUAGAACAAUAGUGUCACAGAGUAGGCCACCUAAGGGCUACCGAAGUGCUUGUGUCGAGGCGAAAGACAUCGUAGUGUGUGGUAGGUGGCUAAUGACAGAGCAGAACUAGACUGCGUUAAUGUGCUGAAGCGAUAUUGAAAAUAUUAGGAAGCUUUAGAAUCACCAACAGCGCGCCAUGAUGUUGGCAACGGUUCAAGGGUAAGCGAACCAAGUAAGAGUUAACGUAGGGUUUUUUGGGAUACAAUUAACCAGAGCAGAUUACACGGAGAAAACUAUUAACACUGUUGCAACCCUGCAGUUGUAGCAAAAGAAAAUUGAGAGUUGCGAAAGUUAAGUUGCGAAAUGAGAAAAGCUGCAGAAAAUCCAAACCAAGUAUGGCUCAAUACGGUUGCUGUGAGAAAUCUGCUGAAGGAGAUGAAGAUGAUGAAUGUUUUGCGGCUCACUUUUUUCUCGACGGUGGUCGCCUAGGUAUAAAAGGAGAAGCCUACUCUGUUCAGUGGUCGUGUUUAGUAGUGUUCACGUCAGUAGCGUAUGGCGGGACCGUGAUAAAACCUCCCAACGGUUUUUCGAAUGAAUGGGAUUCGUUUUUUCUCGCGAAAAGUGAAACGAUGCGUGUUUAACCGUUAUAGGCACACCGGACGCGCGGUGUUUUCCGUCCAAAAAAAAUAAAACAUGAGAAGGCAUUCGAAGUGAAUGGUAGUUGAAACUGACAAAACGCGUUUCCAUUGCGGGAAACACGCGGCAUAGAAAAAGGCAAACAAACAAAGGCAAACGCAUGAUUCACGAUAUUGAUAUGUUAAUCCCUCCAUCCUACUUUACUGCGUACUCGUAAGACAUUUCAUGAAUAUAAUCCUAAUCACAAGCAUGUUUGGUUUUGUUUUUCUUCUG